GCAGCUGUUAAGAUCGCUCCAAUAGAGAGAGAGAAAAGAAUACAAAGAUGAGACCAUACCAGGUUGCCUGCAUCUUAGUGGCAACUUUGCUGCUUCUGGAACCUGCCACAAUUGAGGCAAAGCGUCGCAAGCACAAGGGCAACGACCACGACUCACACAGAUCCAAGACGAAGACAAAGUGGUCCAGUUCCACGGAUCACGGUGCCAACUCACAGGUCUCAACCGAAGAACAUGGCUAUUAUGUUAAGCGCACCUAUUCCCCCCUAACGGGUGCCGAUGGUAAGCGCAAGAGUCCACCUUACCUGGCCAUACCGAUUGCCUGGUUCAGCUGUGAGUCGGGCAAAACUGGAUGCCAGCAGGUCAGCAAUUCGGGCAUGAUCAACAGCCCAACGCAUGCCUUGAGCGAGGGUUACCUGUGCGAUGAUGACUGCACGGAUGGCUAUGAACCCAUCUGUGGUCAGACACCCAACGAGGUGGCUGUCUUCUACAACAAAUGUAAGCUAAAUGUGGCCAAGUGUCGCACUCACGGACUGUGGACAGAGCUACCCUAUGAGCAGUGCCAGCAGACAUAUCCCAAGGAAACCGCUUAUACCGACAAGAAGUUCAGAUGUUCGCCCUAUUUCCGGGAUGCAUCUACAAUUGUUAAGCCAGUGGCUGAGAGCGAUAAGGAUAAGGACAGCAAUGAAAGCAGCGAGGAGCAACAGGACAACGACAAGAAGGACAAGAAGGACAAGAAGAACAAGAUUGAACAGGUCAAGCCCAUUGCUCUACCUCUUCAGGAGAAACCCGCAGAGAUCAUAGUUCCAGUUACAGCCACAGGUCCAGUCCCCGUGACAGUUCCCGUUGAGACCAUUGCCCUGCCCCCAAUUCCCGUUAAGACAGCAGCAGCUCAGCCUCUGUCUGCUGCCAAGCCAACACUCUCCCAAUCUAAUUUGGAAUCCGUUAAGGUCACUGAAGCACCGAAAUCCGAUAAGGACAAACUCAAAUAUGUGGUAUCUUAAAUAACUUAUACUUAAGUUUUAUCUGUAAUUAUUUAUUAAAAAAAAAAAAGCAAAAAUAAAAAUAAAAUCAUUUAAAAUUGAA